CAUUAUGAAACUAAAAAGCAAUGAAUUAUUACACACUAGCUACCUUCUCAACUAGCAAGUGAAUGUCCCUACAUCAUCUCACUCCUUCCCUCCAUUAUAUAUAGAGCACACUUCUUGCUACUUUUCUCAUCGUUCACUACCAAAUAUCAAAUUUGAACAGAUAUUGAACAAUGGUUUCAAAAAAGGCAAUCCUUAUGCUAGGCCUCUUGGCUAUGGUUCUUAUUUCCUCAGUGAUAUCCGAAACUUCCACGGAUCCUAAUUGGGAUAGUGUUGAACAGACUGACUUAAAUUAUGGCAAAGAUGGAGGCUAUGUUGGUGGUUCUAACAACGGUGGUGAUUCUAACAACGGUGAUGAUUCUAACAACGGUGAUGGUGAUGUUCAUGAAAAAGGUGGACAUGUUUACAACCAUGGCGGAGAGGGUUACAAUGGUGGUGGAGGUGGUCACAACCACGGUAGACGUGGUCACGGUGGUCAUGGUGCCGUGGAAACUGAGGACGAAACUCGAAACUAAUCGUAAUGAUAUCAUCAUGCACCAUACACUCUUUCUUAGUAAUAUAUUUCAUGAAUAAAAAUAAUGUUGCGUUGAUAUUAAAAAAAGGCAUACAUAGAGGGCAGCAGUUUCCGGUGUUGUGUAUUAUCUAUCUUGCCACUAUAUAGUAUAAAUUUGCAUAAGACUAUGUAUUUGUAACGAUGAUAAGCUUUUCCAAAAAAAAAAAGAAUGUUUUAUCAUGUGUA